GCUAGAGGUCAGUGUGAGGGCGGGGCCGGGUGGGGAAAACGGACCUGGGCGCAGCCGCAAUUCAUGCAGGCAAGUUCUAGGCAUUUCUGGCCCUAGACACUGGCUGUGUUAUACUGUGCCUGUGUUCCCUCCAGGAGGCAGAGGUCCCUGGCUGCAUCACCAGCCACUCACUUCAAACCAGAGCCCAGCUAAAUAAUCUUUCUUGCUGUUUCUUGAAUUCUCCAGAGUGCUACAAUAACCAAGGAGAGUAACAGUACCUGAAACUUUUGGCUAUUAUACCAAAUCAGAGAAUCUACCUCCUCCAACAUGGCAGGUAAGAAAGUGCUCAUCGUCUAUGCACACCAAGAACCCAAGUCCUUCAAUGGGUCCCUGAAGAAAGUGGCUGUUGAAGAACUGAGCAAGCAGGGAUGCACAGUCACUGUGUCUGAUUUAUAUAGCAUGAACUUUGAGCCAAGGGCCACAAGAAAUGAUAUCACUGGUGCCCUCUCUAAUCCUGAAGUCUUCAGUUAUGGGAUAGAAACCCAUGAAGCCUACAAGAAGAAAGCUCUGACCAGUGACAUACUUGAAGAACAGAGAAAGGUGCAAGAAGCUGAUCUUGUGAUAUUUCAGUUUCCACUAUACUGGUUCAGCGUUCCAGCAAUCCUAAAAGGUUGGAUGGAUAGGGUGCUGUGCCGAGGGUUUGCCUUUGAUAUCCCAGGCUUUUAUGACUCUGGUUUUCUCAAGGGUAAAUUAGCUCUCCUUUCCUUGACCACGGGAGGUACAGCAGAGAUGUACACAAAAGAUGGGAUCAGUGGAGAUUUCCGGUACUUCCUGUGGCCACUUCAGCAUGGUACAUUGCACUUCUGUGGAUUUAAAGUCCUUGCCCCCCAGAUCAGUUUUGGUCUUGAUGUUUCAUCAGAAGAAGAAAAAAAAGUGAUGCUGGCAUCAUGGGCCCAGCGGCUGAAGAGCAUCUGGAAGGAAGAACCCAUCCACUGCACACCCCCUUGGUACUUCCAAGAGUAACAUUUUGUGCUCUGAGUACAGCUGACAAGCAAUACAGUGAAAGACCUAAAACAUGUGCAAAGAGAAGGUAGUGUUGUAUCCUGAGAUGUAUUUAACAGUGCCCACCAAUGAGUGUCUUCAGUUUAAUACAACUAGAUCAAAUAUUUCAAAAAUCAGCUUGUUGCACUGUAUUAGUUCUACCUGGUCAUUCAUUCAUUUUUCAGUUCUUUAAUGUUUCUCUAAAAUUUCUACUUUUGUAGCAUAGUUUUCUAUAUUACAAACCAGGGCAGUGGGAAUUGCUUCUCUACAAAGAGAAGGAAAUGGCCUCACCCAUGGUUAUGUUAUUAGGCACCAUUCCCUUAGGAACACAGGGCCUUUGUGACCUUGUAAAAUCCUUGUCUCUGUGGAAUUCAGUUCCUUGAGCCACUCUGAGCAGAGGUGAGUAACAAAGAAGGAAGCAUUGUUAAUGUCAGAAUGUAGGGGGAGUGUGGUGGAAAAUCCUAGCAGCUCCAAAGGACAGAGAUGCUGGCAAAAGUCUCUAAGUGGAGAACACAAGCCCCAGAAGAUGGCAAAACACAGGGAUUAGGAAUUAGGUGGUUUGUGAGCAAUUUCUUGAUGGAGGUGGUAUAGCAUCCUUGGAGAAACCCAUCUUGUUACAUGAGACCCUCCCACUGAUGAGUGUGCUAGGCCAACAGACUUGCCCUUCAAGUAUUACUCCACUUGGAUUACACCAGAGCCUCUCUAUCUAGUACAGUAGUAAUUGGUCCAGCACCACUGAGACCAUCUGGCAAGAAAACCAAAGGCUCUAUUCUACAAAAAUAAAAAGAAAGUGAAAGUAUUUUGGAAAUUAA